CCACAAGCACAGCAGGACGGCUGAUAGACAGACAGACAGCCAAGUGAUCAGCCCUUUGGAGAUUUCAAGGAAAACUAGCUUAGAGGGGAAACUGCACUACGUUGUCUCUCCAAGGACUUUGCUCUUAAGGACAAAUGAGCAGAAUGAGCACACUGCCAAUUGUGAGAUUUCUCUGAAGGACUGCUAUAGAACACAAAGUUUGGAGAUGAGAAAGAUACUGUAAGUGCAUCGUUAUCAGUCGUAAUGGCGAGCUCUACUUACAUCUGCCUGCUGAGGGCAGUUUUCCUGGUUUGUUUGCUUAACCCUUUAAUCAAAGGAGAUUCAGUUGAGGUCCUGGAUCCUCAUCAUCACCAGACUGAGAAUCUCACUGGACUUCCAAUAGUAACAUUUAAGUGGCAUCACGUUGAGACCCCGUACUUGGUGGCCCUUUGGGUGUUUGUGGCUGCAUUGGCUAAACUAUCAGUGAUUCAGCUGAACCACAGCAUCACCGGUGUGUUUCCGGAAAGUGGUCUUCUCAUUAUCCUGGGCUUUAUUUUGGGAGGAAUCGUCUUUGGAGCAGACAAAGCGCAGACUUUCAAACUGCUUCCUUCCACUUUCUUUUAUUACCUGCUGCCUCAGAUCAUCCUGGAUGCAAGUUAUUUUAUGCCCAACAAGCUCUUUUUCCGAAACUUGGGUGCUAUUCUUAUUUACGCCAUCUUUGGGACGUGCUGGAACGCAGCUGCUGUAGGACUUUCUCUGUGGGGCUGCCAUGAAGCCGGAGCUAUGGGUGACUUGAACAUAGGUCUCCUGCAGUUCCUGCUGUUUGGAAGUUUAAUCGCUGCGGUUGAUCCUGUGGCUGUGAUCGCUGUGUUUGAAGAAGUGCAUGUGAACGAGGUGCUCUUUAUCCUGGUGUUUGGAGAGUCACUGCUCAAUGAUGGCGUCACAGUGGUGCUUUACAAUGUGUUUGAUGGUUUUGUUUCUCUUGGAGGCCCAAUGAUUGACGCCGCAGAGAUUUUUAAGGGCAUAUGUUCGUUUGUUGUGGUGGCGUUCGGAGGCUCAUUUGUUGGUGUUGCAUUUGCCAUCCUGCUGUCCCUGCUAACCAGAUGCACCAAACACGUUCAGAUAAUCGAAGCUGGCUUUGUGUUUUUGGUGGGAUACCUGUCCUACCUGACAGCAGAGAUGCUCUCACUCUCUGCUAUACUUUCAAUCACUUUCUGCGGUGUGUGCUGUCAGAAAUACAUCAAUGCCAACAUGGAUGAGAGAUCAGUCACAACAGUUCGUCAUGCCAUGAAGAUGCUUGCGAAUGGCUCAGAAACCAUGAUCUUCCUGUUUUUGGGCGUUACAGCCAUUGAUACGGAGAUCUGGGUCUGGAACACUGGUUUCAUCCUCCUCACCCUCCUCUUCAUCUUCAUCUACAGGAUUAUAGGUGUUUUCUUGUUCACCUGGAUGUUAAACAAGUUCCGAUUGGUCCCCGUGGAGCUGAUUGACCAGGUGGUGAUGAGCUACGGUGGCCUGCGGGGGGCAGUGGCGUACGGUCUGGCAGCAAUGCUGGAUGAAAAGAGGAUCCCUGAGAAGAAGUUGAUGAUCAGCACCACACUCAUCGUGGUGUAUUUCACUGUCAUCCUGCAGGGAAUCACAAUGAAGCCGUUGGUUCAGUGGCUCAAGGUCAAAAGAGCAGCUCAUUCUGACUUGAAACUUGUUGAGAAACUGAACAAUAGGGCAUUUGAUCACAUACUAGCCGCAGUGGAGGACAUUUGCGGACGUAUAGGAGAUAACUGGUGGACCAGAGGCUGGAACAGGUUUGAGGAGAAGUAUAUCAGCUGGCUGUUGAUGAAACCAAAGGCCAGAAAGAACAGAGAUUACCUGUUCAACAUCUUCCACAAACUCAAUCUGGAGGAUGCCAUGAACUAUGUCAGUGAGGGAGAACGGCAAGGCUCUCUGGCCUUUAUUCGUAGUGACGAAGCUGCCAACGUUGAUUUCAAAAAACAGUUCGACUCAGAAUUUGCAGAUGUGAUGCCUGAUAUUAUGGUUGAUAUGUCAAAUUACGAUUUUGGAAUCGAAAAUAUUUCAGUAGCCGCCAUUGUGAAAGACACUAUUCCUUCUGUAUCUCUGGACAUUCAUGGGCAAGACGGGAAGAAUGUGGUCGACGACAUCAAUGCCCAUCGCCUUCUACAACAGCACCUGUACAGAAGCAGAAAGCAUCACCAUCACAAAUACAGUCGCAGUCACUUCAGCAUCAACCAGAGUGAAGAGGAGGUGCAGGAGAUCUUCCAGAGGACCAUGAGGAGCCGUCUGGAGUCCUUCAAAUCUGCCAAGAUGGGUGUCAACCCUACCAAAAAGAUCACUAAGUUUCAUAAGAAGGAUCCUACAGAUAAGAUGAAUGGACACACAGAGGGCAAUGGCUAUCUGUAUGGAGAUGAAGCUGACAGUGGAGUUGGUGCUGAGGGUGCUUUAUCUAGCACUUUCAUGAGAGACAUGUAUAAAAUGGGAGCAGGCAUAGAGAAUCCAGUUUUCAUGCCCGAUAUGGACAGUCCAGUUCACAGUCCAGUUCAUAGUCCACCAUGGCUGCUGGAGGCUGAGAUGAGCGUCGCUCCUUCCCAGAGAGCUCAGCGGCGGCUGCCCUGGACACCACACCGCCGUCUCGCACCCAUGAGGAUCAGCACCUGCUCCACAGACUCCUUCUUGAUGGCGGACGUUUCUUCAACACUGGAGGUGCACGAGGAACAGCCCCAGAGCGACAACGGAGAAUCAGUCUUUGAAUAGACACUUGAAGAUGACGUGACACUGUUUUUACCAGCUACAAAAUAGAACUGGAGAAUUACUGGUCAAAACCCACUGAAACUGCCAAAACCUGCUGAAAAAUGGAGCAAACGACAGCACUUAAUCCAUUUAGUGGAACAUAGUCCUUGUUUUUUUGAGUAGAAACAAAAGAUAAAACACUUCAAAGCUUCUCAGCUGAUCCAAAUGUUGUAUACUUUUUCAAAACAGCCAGCGAAUGGGUCAUUCCAAGGAAGUUUGGACUUAAAAACAACCUAUAAAAUAGCCUUUAGUUUACAUCACAGGGAUGAACAUAAUUUGAUAUUUGACAGUAAGAAUACGCUCUAAAAAAAUGCUGGGUAGUCAUAACUCAAUGUUAGGUCAAAAAUAAUCAAACCCAAUGUUGACACUUUUAUUUUGUCCACUUUCGGUUUGUUCAUAUUUGACCCAAUGUUGGGUUAAGACAACCCACAAUUUCUGUACACUAGAUGGUGUCAAUGCUCAUAGACAUGAACUAGAAGCCACAAAAGUGCUUUUGUGUUAUAGUCUCUUUAAAGAUGGUGUGAGGGGGAUAGUUUGAGUCAUUUGUGCAAUAGUGCUUAUAUUAUACUGAGAACAAAGCCAUUUAGUUUUUCUGAUGAAGCACCUUGCAGUUUCAUUUGGAAUAGCACUUUACCACCAAUAUCAAGUCAUUAUUUAUAGAAAGACAAUGUUUCAUGCUUAUAGAGAGUGGUAGAAAUCUGGUGAUGUUAGUCUGUAUGACUGAACUGUUACAAAGUAUGUUUGAGCAAUCGGAUGCAUAUUGCUAAUCAAAUUAUGUUUCUUGGGGUAUUUUACUUUCGUUUGGGGAUUAAUAAAGUAUUUAUGAAUAUUUCUAUGUAUCUAA